GGCCGCCGUGGUGCCUGCAGAUCGGAGCUUCAUUUCGUCCGCGGGAAGGAGCGUGGCGUCCGAGCGUUCCUUAAUUCUGUUCCUGGUGGUCCUGGGCCGAGCGCCGCUCACUUCCGGCCCCGAGAAGGUAAAAUGGCUUCCAGAGGAAAGACGGAGACAAGCAAAUUAAAGCAGAAUUUAGAAGAACAGUUGGAUAGACUGAUGCAGCAAUUACAGGAUCUGGAGGAAUGCAGGGAGGAGCUCGAUGGAGAUGAGUAUGAGGAAACUAAAAAGGAGACUUUGGAGCAGCUGAGAGAAUUCAACGAUUCACUGAAGAAAAUCAUGUCAGGAAAUAUGACUUUGGUAGAUGAACUCAGUGGCAUGCAACUGGCUAUUCAGGCAGCCAUCAGCCAGGCUUUUAAAACACCGGAAGUCAUCAGAUUGUUUGCAAAGAAGCAACCAGGUCAGCUGCGGACACGGCUAGCUGAGAUGGAUAGAGAUCUGAUGGUGGGAAAGCUGGAAAGAGCCCUAUACACCCAGCAGAAGGUGGAGAUACUAACUGCUCUCAGGAAACUUGGAGAGAAGCUGACAGAGGAUGACGAGGCCUUCCUGUCAGCCAAUGCAGGUGCCUUGCUCAGCCAGUUUGAAAAAGUCUCCACAGACCUGGGCUCUGGGGACAAGGUCCUUGCUCUGGCAGGGUUUGAGGUUGAAAAAGCCAAGAAAUGACGGUGUGGUGGGUUUGGUGCUGCCAGCCCUGCUCUUACCGCACAUGGUGCUUUCAUCCUGAGGACUCAGCAGCAUUGCCAAGCAAUAGAGAUUCAAAAUGCAGUGACAGCCCAAGAACAGGUGACAUGGAGACAAUUGGCUUCUGCUUAGGGUCCACGUCCUUUCUUUUUGUGGGCUCCCUUCUUAAAUGACCCUGGGCUUGUUGGGACAGAGGGACUUUGUUCACGACAGUUUGUUGUGUUAAGAUGUCUUGUAUUUAGCGCUGAUGGGAGUGAAAGCUGUAAGCCAGUGACCCUGCCCUGAUUCUUGUCCACACGCCUUGGGAUGAGCAGCACAGUAGUGUCACUAGCCCUCCCAUGUCUGUAGAAUCUUAGAAACCUUUUCAUUUUUACCCAGAAGGAGCAUGUGAUCUGCCUAAAGUCACAUUAGACAGAGCUGGGGCUAUGGCUCAGGUGUCCUGACUCCUACUUCUGUUUCUUUAUCCUGUACCAAUUUUUUUUAAAUAGUUAACUUGUAUUUGUGCAAGUAGGCGUCUAUGAAAAUUCAGUGUCCUAACGAGAGCUGAGUGGGCACUGAGGGACUGUUCCCAGCCUCUGAGCAGGCGGCAUGAAUGGCCCCAUUGUAUCUCUAGAUUUCUAACAGGCAACAAUGGGAGCCCUGUUGAGGGCCUCCUAAAGUAACUUAACCUCCUGCCUCGUCUCAGUGGGGCGGCAAUAGGAAAUGGCAGCCCAGGCCCUCUUGGUGCAACCUCUCGCCAACUCUGAGGGUGGUAACAGUAAGUUACUAGCAAGUGUGCAGUUUGGGGAGAAACAGAAAAUAAGUUCUGAGGAAAGCAAGGUUUUCCCUGAGAGCCAUGGCUCUGCAUGGGCAGACGCACAGCC